CAGCCCGGCGAUCGGCGGUGCGCUGUGUGGAUCACCGAUCUACGGAAAGAGCCGAAGAUGUCAGUUCGGUCAUGUGAUCAGCUGUGUCCAAUCACAGCUGAUCACAUGGCACUGAUGAUCAGUGUGGCCCCAGAAGUGCCACCUGUCAGUGUCCAUCAGUGCCAGCUGUCAGUGCUGAACAGUGCCACCUGCCAGUGCCACAUCAAUGCCACACAUAUCAGUGCCCAUCUGAGCUGCCUUUCAGUGCUGCCAGUCAGUGCCGCCUAUCAUUGCCAUAUAUCAGUGCUGCCUGUCAAUGCCCAUCAGUGCCACCUACCAGUGCCUCCUCAUCAGUGCCACCUAUCCAUGUCCAUCAGUGCAUCUUAUCAGUGCCCAUCA